AUGUGUCACGCUGACACCUGUCAGUAUGAGGCGCGUGACAGUGGCUGUCAGUCUGACGCGGCCCGACAUGACGUAUGUCAAGCCGAAACGCGUCAGUCUGGCAGCAGUCGCGCCUUCGUUGUGUUAGAUCUGCAGGACAGUAACGAAGACGCUAAGCGUCAUAGAAAGUUUAAACUGUGCAAACACUUAUUUAAAACUAAUAAUUAUGACCCAGUGAAUGACUCGUGUAUAAGUGAUACCCGUUUUAGUAAGAAAGGACAAAUUGUGUCGAGGUCGUGUCAAACAGACCAGUUGGAUAACGUUGUAUGGAUGCUUGAUGAGUGUGAUAUCGACAGACCAAUUUUUGUUAGACGAAAAUCGACUAAGCGUGACAAACACAGGAACCAAGCUUCUAAAGAAUUUAAGUCUGAGAAAUCAGAUGUGACCAGUAAAAGUGAAAGCAAAGACCCCCUCUCUCAUUCAGUUGCCACUAAUCUGUCAUUGACAUCACAGUCAGGACCAAAUUCUUUGUUUGAUGAAGCUAUGACGUCAAAUGAGAGCUGUCAGACGUCCUUCAUCGAUACACGUGUGACAAAUGAAACAUGUCACAAUGUGAUGUUUGAAAUCCCGUUGAAACCUCUAGAGGGUCCUUCUGACAGAUGUCAGAUCAUUGACACACCGUUGACGGGUAGGCCUAAAGACCGAGAGAGCGAUAAAUCGGAUCAAGGACCAUUUGCUAUUUACGAUGGCAAAAUUAAUAUUCCAAUGCGUUUUUAA